AUGGACGAUCAGGACUUUUCUCAGUUGCCGCUAGAAGAUAAGUUGGCCCAUAAAGUAUGGAAGGUCCGUUUGGAAGGCUACAAUUCUGCCGCUGACCAGUUUGCAAACCUGAGAAAUUCCAAUGAUCCAGUGUUUUCUCCAUUCAAUUCCAGACCUGAUCUAGUCAAGGGUAUGGUAACAGACUCGAACGUGGUGGCACAGGAGGCGGGAUUACAGGCAUUGGUUAGCUAUUUACAGUAUGGUGGAACUGCCUCCAACGCGAAUAAAUUGAAAAAUGCCGGUGUUAUAUCUUCAUUAUGUGAGAAAGGUUUAUCUUCAAGUCGAGCGGGAACAAAAACAAAGGCUGUGGACGCGUUGCUCAAUUUCACAGAAAUUCUAGAUGGUGGUGAACCAGUAGUGGAAGCUAUUCUUCCGUUUUUUGAUAACAGACUCCCCAAAUUGGUUGCGGGAUGUGUCAAUGCCGUUUCCCAGAUGGUGGAGCAGUUUGGUUGCGGUGUGGUGUCGCCCAAAAGCGUGAUUUCCAAGUUGCCAAAGCUCUUUGCUCACGCAGAUAGGAACGUGCGAGCAGAAACAACAAAGUUGACCGUCGAAAUAUACAAAUGGAUGGGCGAUGGGCUUACUACUGUCUUGUUUGCAGAUUUGAAACCGAUUCAGCAGAAGGACUUGACUGCUGAGUUUGAGAAGGUGAAGGGAUCAAAGCCAGAGCAGAAACGCCUCACUAGGUCUCAGCAGCAGACGUUGGAGGCUCAAAACGCCAUCGCUGAUCAAGAUGGCGACAUAGAAAUGGAGGAUUCCGGAUCAGGAGAACCAGCUGCGGAAUUUGAUCCGUUUGACAUGUUGGAGCCCGUGGAUGUGCUUUCGAAGCUUCCUGGAGACUUGACCUCGCGCAUGGGGUCUGCCAAGUGGAAAGAUAGAAAGGAUGCAUUGGAUGAGGUUCACGAAGUCUUGUCUAAAGCUCCUAAGCUUGCGGCCGCAGACUACACAGACUUGGUACGGUUGUUUGCCAAAUGCAUGAAGGAUGCCAAUAUCCAGGUGGUGCAGUUGGCAGCCAAUGGAAUCGAAUUUCUCUCUAAGGGUCUUAAAAGUGGUUUCCACCGCUAUCAGAACUUGGUGGUUGGACCACUCAUUGAGCGGAGCAAGGAAAAGAAGCCUGCCGUGGCUGAAGCAUUGGCUAACGCAUUGGACUCGAUAUUCAUCAACUCCAGUCUUGCCGAUGUCCUCGAUGAAACGAUUAAUGGAAUGAAGCACAAGACGCCGCAGGUGAAGAUCUCUGCCACGAACUAUCUUCAAAGAUGUUUGUCAACCACUACACUUGCACCUAAUACUACCCAAAUAGAUUCCAUAAUGGAAGCGGGUGUGAAACUCUUGACAGAUUCACUGGAGCCCAUCAGACAGGCUGCAACUGAAAUGGUGGGCACAUUGAUGAAGAUCACCGGAGAAAGAGAACUCAAGUCUUUCCUUGAGAAGAUCGACGACAAUAGAAAUGCGAAGGUGAAGGCUGUUUACGAGAAUGCGGUAGUUAAGUGCCGUUCGCUGUCAAGUUCGAAUCCUCCAAGUGUCCCGACAUCGGGUACCAAACUGAAUGGCCAAAAGCCACCCACCAGACUCGCAGGUGCACCCGUCUUGAAGAAGCCAACGGCACCGCAGUCAAUACCCACAAAGAGGACUGCCACUUCGCCUGCGAAACGUGCUGAGGGAGCAAGCAAGUUGCCUCCCUCAAGAAAUUUCACGGGACGACUGCUUAUAUCUCCUGCCAAUAAUGUUGCGAUUGAGCCAGCCAGCCCAGUCAUUAGCUCCGCAGAGAAAGAAGAGUUGGAAAGGCUCAGAAAGGAAAAUGCAAGGCUAGCAUCGCACAACGAGCAACUAGAGCGUGCUAAGUUCGAAUUGACGGAGGAUCAGCUCAAGUUGGAGAGCGAAAUUGAACAACUUCGAACUCAGUUAGACCAGUCGCAGAAGGACAACACUAAUACUAGACUUUUGGUUAAACAAAGGGACACACAGAUUCUUAGAUUGAAUAGCGACUUAGAGAGCGCUAAACUCAAGAUCAAGAGCUUAGAGCAGACGGUCGAAAUGAUCAAGCUUCAGCAAACAACCCUGAAAGAUCCUCUUCUUCAACCGUUCCCAGACCAACGGUCUCCAUAUCGCUCACCUGAAAGACUUCCGAGAUUUACGCUGGCUGAGUUGAGUACGCGUGUGGACCGCUUAUCUAUAGAAGAGGGAAGAGCUACGCCAAGUUCUAAUGACGUUUUCACGCCAGCCGGUGAUGAUAUUAACUUCAGAAGGUCAGUGAGUGAUCGAACCAAUGUGUACAACUCUAUUCCAAACAGGGAGGUUUUGAGUGAAGAGGAAAACUGGAGGAAAGCAGCUGAAGUUACUGCCCAACUCAAGGCACGCAUUGAGAAAAUGAAACAAAGAAACCGUCUUGCAAUGAACCGAUAA